UUGGCUUUUUCUUUAUCUCUACUCUCUUUUUAUCUCUCUCUCUCUCUCGCUUUAUCUCAUUCUCAAUCUUCUCUACGUUUCAAAGAAAGCUUCAUCAACUAGUUGAGACAUGGAUUAUUCUUCUAUGCACCAGAAUGUGGUGGGAGUAUCUUCUUGUUCAUCACAAGAUUAUCAGAACAACCAGAAGAAACCAUCUCAGGCGACUAGGCCAGCUCCACCGGAGCAAUCACUGAGGUGCCCUCGUUGUGACUCAACCAACACAAAGUUCUGUUACUACAACAACUACAGUCUCUCUCAGCCUCGCUACUUCUGCAAAUCUUGUCGGAGAUAUUGGACCAAAGGAGGCAUUUUAAGAAACAUACCAAUCGGUGGUGCUUACAGGAAACACAAGCGCUCCACUUCAGCAACCAAAAGCCUCAGAACAACCCCUGAACCAACGACGACACACGACGGGAGAACAUUCUCCACAGCGAGUUUCGGCGGUUACAAUAACAACAUUAACAAUGAACAACAGAUGGAUCUUGGAUUAGCAUUUGCCUUGCUUAACAAGCAACCUCUAGGGGUUUCUUCACAUUUAGGGUUCGGAAGCUCUCAGACCCCAAUGAGCAUGGAUGGCAUGUUUGGUACCACAAGCCACCAGAUGCAGAACGCAAGUUAUGCGUUUGGGAAUGGUGGAGGCGGUAUGGAGCAGAUGGCGACAAGUGAUCCGAACAAAGUCUUGUGGGGGUUCCCAUGGCAGAUGAACAUGGGAGGAGGAGGAGGAAGUGGUCAUGUUGAACAGAAUGAUUCAGGGAGAGAGGUUUGGAGCAAUACUGUCAACUACAUUAACACUGGUGCUUUAUUGUAGUCUAUCAACUAUAAUAUAAACCAUUUUCAUUAGUUUUGGGUUUUCUUAGGGUUUGGAUUUGGUCUUCUUGAUUAGAGAAAGAUCAUAUGAGUUUGGGGUUAAUGAUGAAGAGAUAAUAGUUAAGUGUUGCUUUCGUUUAAAGAUUUUCAAUUACUUGGAAAAUGAUAAUUGUGUUUUUUUUU